AUGACAUUGAACUGUGAGAUAUGUGAAAUGCGAUUAGGCCGGUCAGAUGUGACCGUAGAAUGUUUUGUUUGUAAACAACAAUAUCAUAAUACCUGUUUGGAGUCUCCCUACCCAACUGAAGUACUUAAACUUCAGGGAUUUUCUCACCGGUGUAAUCAAUGCUUGUCCGGUGAUAACACAGAAUCCGAUAAUACUAUAAAAAAGUUGCUGGUGGAAAUGAAUAACAAGAUCGAUGUUAUGCAGUCCAAUAUUGGUGACCUUAGAUCCACCCAAACAAAUCUACAGGUCUCGAUUGAGUUCCUUGGAGGGAAGAUCGACGACUUCAAUAAAAAGAUGAUUGAAAUGGAAAAUUCAGUCAAGGAGAUACCAAAGAUUGAGUCAAAGGUAACAGAUCUAAAUAAACAAGUAUGUGAAUUGAAAUCAUCCAUGAAUAUUCUACAGCAGCAAGCAAGAAUGAAUAAUCUAGAAAUAAAUAAUAUCCCAGAAAAGUGCGGAAAUGAUCUACGUAUAGUAAAUAACUCAGGCUUUGGUGCUCUUGUCGCGAAAAAGUUCGAAUCAGAAGCACAUUUUGAUUGGAGCUGUGAUGGGAUUUUUGAGGAUCUGUGGGUGGAAAUUAAGCUGCAAGCAUCUGUGUCUAUUCUGCUGUGUUGUGUAUAUGCACCUCCCGAAUCAAGUGUUGAAAAUCUCAAUGCGCACCUAAAUAAAAUUUCUAGAAUUGUGCAGAUGUGUCCUGCAAAAAAAUGUGUUAUUUUGGGCGAUUACAAUGCUUCGAAAGUAAAGUGGAUAUUCGAUAGUGGCGAUAGUUGUUACGUACCCUCAGAGAUAUCUGGAUUAUAUGGAUUUUUGGACUUGGUCUUUAGUAAUUUUAUAAAUGUUAGCGUGACGAGGUCUGUGGACCCUUUUGUAGUGGAAAGAGUUACUCAACAUAAAUGUAUUGAUAUUUUGAUUGAUACAAACAUACAGGAAUCACUUAAAGGAAAGUCUAGUUUUGAGAAACUGAAAUACAGGUAUGCAAACUGUGGCGUAAUAAACGUAGAGCUGUCACGUAUUCCGUGGUUGGAUCUUUUUAAAGACUUGAAAGUUGAGGACUGUGUACAUAUAUUCUAUGAAAGGUUUUACGGGGUGGUCACGGAUAGUGUUCCGAAGAAAAAAGUAAAUAAUAAAUUUCCUACUUGGUACAUUCCAAGUACGAGAUCGCUUAUUAAAGAAAAAUAUAAACUACACCAACGAUGGAAAAAGUACAACAAUCCUGUUGAUUAUGUCAUAUUCUCUAAAUUGAGAAGGAAGGUCAGAGCUGCAAUAAGCACAGAUUACAAAAACUAUGUUAAAAACACUGAAAAACCGCCAUGUGACACUGUUGUUUUAAAUUUCAUAUCCGAGGACCAAAUCAGGAUCCAGCUAAGUAAGCUUGAUAUAAAUAAAGGCCAUGGACCUGAUAACCUACCCCCGAUAUUAUUCAAAUCAUGUGCUGAAUCUUUAGUGCAGCCACUUUUUAUUAUUUACAACAAAAGUUUAUCUGAAGGGCAGUUUCCAACUAUUUGGAAGUGUGCCAAAGUAAUACCUGUGCACAAGAGUGGCAGCAAGGUUGACGUCACAAACUACCGACCUAUAUCUAUUCCUUCCGUUCCAGGGAAAAUGCUGGAAGCUAUAAUUACCAAUGAGUUAUUUUUCAAAUUAAAACAUGCUCUUGGAGAUACACAACAUGAUUUUUUUAGGGGUAGGUCGAUUGCUACCAAUCUCUCACUAUAUGUCCAGGAUGUUUCUGAGGCGUUAGAUAAUAGGGUGCAGAUAGAUGCCGUGUACACCGACUUCUCAAAAGCUUUUGAUAAGGUUCACCACCCAACAAUGUUGAUCAAAUUAAAAAAUUUCGGUGUACACGUUACCGUGGCUUAUCAGCUUUGGCAAAUUGUAGGGCUAGACAGUUCAGACCAAAUAGAACCCCAAGGUUCGAUCAUGGCUCCAAUUGUCCUCUAUUUACCUCUGUAA